CCAGAACCUCCGCAUCAGUUUCUUCAGAAUCGGAUCGACUCCAGUGAAACAGAUGAUCGGCGAACGGUACGGAAAGUGUUGGGAUGGAUUUUGGCCGGCACGUCAUUACUAAAGUGCUUAGAAACAAAAAGAAGCCACUCAUGGCAUCAGGAAUAUUACAGGGGCUCGAGAUCCAUUUUUACCUGCCAGACACACACCAGAUCAUUCGCCUCAAUGGUAGUAUCACAGCAGAGGGACUAUGUGUUGAAGCUGCCAAGAAGUUGGGUAUAUCUCCUCUAUGUAGCAGUUUGUUCGCCCUCUAUGAUGAAUUUAGCAAGAUCUGGUAUCCGCCCAAUUACACCUUCAAUAUUGAUGAGACGACGAGACUGAAGCUGCACUAUCGCAUGAGGUUCUAUUUCACAAACUGGCAUGGGAACAGUAAGACGUCUCCUCCAGUGUGGAGACAUACUUUUAAAAAGACGGGAUCUACAGGCACGGCUGUUCUGGAUGUAGCGUCACUAGCAUACCUCUAUGCACAGAGUCAGUGUGACUUUCAUAGCGGUCUGACUCCGCUGCGCAGUGCUCAAGAUGAGAGUGACAGGCAUCAGAUAGAGAAUGAGUGUUUGGGUAUGGCUGUAAUGGCCAUCUCCCAUCAUGCCAUUGAAAAAGAUCUUUCCAUCUGUGAUCUAGGCAAGAAAUAUGAGUACAAGAAUUACAUCCCCAUGGUCCUGUACCAGUCCAUACGCCAGAGGAACAUUCUCACGCGUCUACGCAUCUCCAGCAUCUUCAAAAUGUUCCUUGAGGAGUUUAACAGGAACACGGUGCAGGGCAAUAACAUCAGUACUCAUGACAUGAAGGUCAAAUAUUUAUCUACUCUAGAGACUCUGACUCAGCACUAUGGCCAGGAGGUAUUUGAGCCCUCCUCCCUCAUCUUACAUGAGAAUGAGAAUAUGCUCACAGACUUGAGCUUUGGUGCUGGUGUUCACCCUGAGAUUCUGGUGUCUGGAACCUCAGGCAUUCACUGGCGUCAAGUCUUCUCUGAGACCUGUUCAGAUAUGCGGACCAAUAAGGAGAGGCGCAAAUCAAAGAGAGGUCAAAAAGACAGCAAGAAAAAGAGUCAAGCAGGAGAAGGAGAAGAGAGAUGGAUGACUUUUUCAGACUUUCACGAGAUAACACACAUUGUCAUCAAAUGUUCUGUGGUCACCGUCUACAAACAGGACAACAAAAAGAUGGAGCUGCAUUUAUCUUCCCAUGAGGAGGCUCUGUCCUUUGCCAGUCUUGUAGAUGGAUAUUUCAGGCUAACAGUAGAUGCACAUCAUUUCCUGUGCCGAGACGUGGCUCCUGUCUCUUUGGAAAUUAAUUUACAGGAGGGCUGUCAUGGUCCAAUCAACACUGAAUAUGCCUAUCAGAAGCUCAAAAAGGAAGGCUACGAGGAGGGCAUGUACCUGCUACGCUGGAGCGGUCACGAUUAUGAUCAUAUUCUCAUGACGGUCAUCUGCAAAGAGAGGAAUAAUUAUGGCGAAACCACCAAAACCUUCAAGAACUUUCAGAUUGAAGUGAGCACUCAGGGCUUCCACCUGACGGGGACAGAUAUUGUGAAGCCCACUGUGAGAGAGCUGACGGACCACCUGUCUGGACAAUGUCUCACAACAGAUCACACCAGCCUAAGACUUAAGCGUGGAUGCCCACCGCAACCCAGAGAGCCCUCCAACCUUCUCGUGGUGACCAGACCAGACUCAGCGUUACCACGCUCUCUGAGGGUCUUCCACAGAAUCCUCAAAGAGGACAUCAUCCAGGAGAUACACCUUGGUCAAGGAACUUGCAUGAACAUCUAUGCCGGCAGACUGAAGUUGAGGAAUGAGGAUGAUGAGGGGUUUUCAAGCCUUGAGGAGGUGAAUGUGGUCCUAAAGGUGCUGGGAGCAGGACACAAGGACGUUUCUGCCUUCCUGGACACAGUGAGCAUGAUGCGGCAGAUAUCACAUAAGCACAUGGUUCUGAUGUAUGGAAUGUGCAUGCACAGUAUGGACAUUAUUAUGGUGGAGGAGUUUGUUCAGCACGGGCCUCUGGAUCUGUUCAUGAGGAAUCAUCGCUCUGAUCUCACACCAUCCUGGAAGUUCCAAGUUGCAGAGCAGCUUGCCAGUGUCCUCAGUUAUUUGGAGGAUGAGAAGCUCGUCCAUGGCUAUGUGUGUGCUAAAAACGUCUUGUUAAAGUGUGAUGGUUUGGAAGGAGAGGCUGGUCCUUUCAUUAAAUUGAGUGAUCCUGGAGUGCCCAUCACUGUGCUCAAUAAAACAGAGUGUAUUGACAGGAUCCCCUGGAUCGCCCCAGAGUGUGUAAAUAACAUCACGGCACUGAAUGUUGCUGCAGACAAGUGGGGCUUUGGAACCACACUGUGGGAGAUCUGCUACAAUGGAGAGGUGCCACUGCGUGACAAGAAACUGUUAGAGAAAGAGCGAUUCUACGAGGUGUGCGGUACACUGGUCACUCCCAGCAUCAGUGAACUGGCAGAUCUGAUCUCCCAGUGCAUGAACUAUGACCCCAGAAAGAGACCAUUCUUCAGAGCCAUAGUGAGAGAGCUGGACCGCAUUAAAGAGCAGCGAGAGCAGGAGAUUGACAUUUUAUCUGGAGUAAUUCCUCCACAGGAGACUGAUCCCACCGAUUUCAAGAGGAGAUUCCUCAAAAUAAUCACAGAACUUGGAAAGGGUAACUUUGGGGUGGUGGAUCUGUGUCUGUACGACCCUAAUGGAGAUCAGACGGGUGAGCUGGUUGCCGUCAAAUCUCUGAAAACAGAGAGUGAGAGCAGCAACCUGAGGAGAGAGAUCAACACCAUCAGAAACCUCUACCAUGAAAACAUUGUCAAAUACAAAGGCAUCUGCAAUGAAGAAGGAGGAAUGAAUAUCAAGCUAAUUAUGGAGUAUUUGCCCGCUGGCAGUCUGAAAGAUUACCUGCCCCGCAACAAAUCCAACAUCAACCACAAGAAACUGCUGCUUUAUGCUCUUCAAAUAUGUCAGGGCAUGGAGUACCUGGGAUCCCAGAACUACAUCCACAGGGAUCUGGCAGCGAGGAAUGUGUUAGUGGAGAAUGAGAGUCUGGUGAAGAUCGGAGACUUCGGCUUGACUAAGAGCAUCAAAGACAAUGAGGACUAUUACAAAGUGACAGAAGAACAGGACAGUCCUGUAUACUGGUAUGCCCCAGAGUGCCUGAUUCAUCGAAAAUUCUAUAAGGCGUCUGAUGUGUGGUCGUUUGGGGUCACCCUGUAUGAACUCAUGACCUACUGUGACCGUGAGAGCAGCCCUCCUCAGAUAUUCCUGCAGAUGAUUGGUAGAUCUCAUGGGCAGAUGACAAUGGCCAGACUAGUGAAGGCUCUUGAGGAUGGUUGGAGGAUGCCGUGCCCACCAUCCUGCCCUGAAAUGGUGUACACUCAGAUGCGCAGGUGCUGGAGUCAUGCCCCAGAGAAUAGAGCCGACUUCAAGAGCCUGAUCAAAGAAUUUGAGUUUCUUCUCUCUAGAGAAAACAACUAACCUCAUUCCACCAGUUCGCACAAAAUAAAGUCAUGCUAAAUAUAGAUUUUGUUUCAUUCAACCAGCAGUGGGGUGGGUAAAGUACUUACAGUUCAUUAUACUGAUUUGUGUAAUGUCACAUAUUUUGUAUUAUAUAAUUACUGUAAGCCAUAAACUGUGACUGUGCUUUAUUGUGAAUAUAGUCACGGCUGAAGGGCUCAAAGCCUUGAGUGCCUUGUUGCUUCUGUAAUCCAGUUACUACAUUAGUAGUGAAAAAGGGACAAAUUUUAACGGUGCUGAAAGUGAUUUUUAUAUGGAAAGGUAUGCAAAAACUUUUUCCUACUCUCUGAAAGAUAUUAAUGAAAUAAGUGUCCUGAGAUAUCUGAGAUACCGUUCUCUGUGACAACGCUAGACUCUGUAAACAGCAAACAAAAAUGUGUCCGUGGGCUGCGGUCUCUGACAAUUUCUGCCAGUCAAUCAUUUUGUGUGUUCUCAUAGUUUUGUAGUUGCAGCGAAAUAUUGAGGCUUAAUGCCAUUUUUAUGCCAUGUUUUCCAUAACUGUUGUCAGUUGAGGGUUUAUUUUGCUACUGUUGUGUUUGACAACUGUGGAAUAAUGCUUUUUUGCUCGGUGUUGGUGACAAAGAUGUCUUUGAUGUGAGGGGUAUUGGAAAGGGGGCGUGGCAAAUUCAACAGCUCAGCUUGUGAAAGUCCCAAAAUGGCAAAAAUCGCAUACAGCACCUUUAAUUAAAACAUUAUUUUAUCAAGCAAAUUCAUUAUGUGGCAGUGCUAGAAGAUAAUAGUCCCUGACAUGUAAACUAAUAUUCACAGCUGUUACACAGUGAUACAGAUGAACAGGUGUUUCUAUAUUAUUCGAAAUAGCUCUUACUAUAUUGUGUUUUGGAAUGACUGUAACACUGUAUUAACCAAUCAGUAUCCAGGAGUUGAACUAUCCAUUUUCUCAUGAAAACUGAGUACAUAUAUGUUGCAUGUUGCUUUUUCUUUAAAUCAUUGCCAAUUCUUUAUCUACAUCUUCUUGACCUGAAAUAUUGACUGUGUAUUUUAUGUAUUCUUUCUAGAUUCAAACAACCCAGUAUUUACAUAAAAUCAAGAACUAGAAAACUCCAUUGAUAGAAUAAUAAAAUCACAUUUUAAAGUUUAUGAAUUAUUAAAGAUAAACACAGCAAAGCCAGAAUAUCAUAGGAAGCAUUAGUGUUUGAUGGACAUGCUUCUAUAACAACAUGUGAUCUUUUGCUUUCUGUGUUUCUAUUGAAUUUAAUGUUUCUGCACUUAAAUGUUUACUAUUAGUCAUUGCUUCGUCUAUGAAUCCGAAUUCUUUCAGAGAUAUGUAUUUUAUACAGUAUUUUGCUUAAUAAAAUCCCCUGUUAAAAAUU